CUUCUUUCCAUAAAUGAUACGGCGAGUCGGUGAAUAGAAUUUUGAUCAUCGUGGUUUUGAUUUGUUGCAUACCGCAUUAGAAUUGUGUUUGAUCAAUUAUUUCACACGUUAGACUUAACCGAGUUUCUUUUGCACCUGCAUAAUAAUGUCUAAUGAAACUCCAGUUCCUCCGCCAGUUUUAUGGGCACAACGCAAAGAAGACGUUCUUCUUACGUUUAACGUUGAGGCCAAAGAUCCCAUUAUUAAAAUAGAAAAAGACUCAGUGUAUUUUAAAGGCGUCAAUGCGCAGGACAACAGAGCCCACGAGGUAACUAUACCUUUGUACAAUGCAGUGGUUCCCGAAAAUAGUGGUUUCGUAAAUAAAGGCAGGUGCAUAGAAAUGGUGCUUCGUAAAGAGAAAAAAGAUGCGCCCUAUUGGCCAUCACUCACUAAAGACAAGAAAAAACCACACUACCUAAAGGUAGACUUUAACAAAUGGAAAGAUGAGGAUGACGAAGAUGAAGACGGAGGCGGCAACAACUACGACAUCGAAGAGAUGCUGCGGACGAUGGGUGGCGGCGCCGGUGACAAAGCCGACAAACCCUCCUUCGAUGAUCUGGAAGAUGACUCAGAUGAUGAAAACUUACCAGAUCUCGAAUGAAACCCCCAGUCAUAGCAAUAAUAUACCUUAUUAAUUAACUUGACAACAGUACAUUAUGACUUGUAUAUUUUAAGGUUUUUACAGUUAUAAUAAAAUUACUUCACAAACUUA